AAACUUCCCUGAGUACGAUUUCAUGCUCAAAUCCGGUUUCGUGCUCAACUCAAAACUCAGACUCAAUAAACGGAGGUUAUAAAUAAUCUGAGUACGUUUUCGUGCUCAACUUGAGCAUGAAAUCCGUACGAUCUCAAGUACGCUUUGGACCGUGCUCAACGCUGAGUUCGACAACAACAAUGGCAGCUCACCUGCGACAGACGCGACAAGCGAGGCGGAACACCCGUGUUCCGAGAGUCUUUCGAGAUCGUUCUAACCCGCUGGAAGAUUUAGAUGUCGAAGAAGUUUUUGACCGUUACAGAUUUAGGCCAAAUACUAUAAUAUAUUUACUUGGUCUACUCGAUCUGACCAGAGAGACAGCUCGUAACUGUGCGAUUCCACCACUGUUACAGUUGCUGGUAUGCCUUCGCUUUUUGGCGACAGGCGCUAUGCAUCUGCUGGUUGGGGACAGCCUAAACAUUUCCCGAUCUACAGCCGGCAGAUGCAUACGUGCAGUUUCGUUGCAAAUCUCCAAACUUUCAGGAAGGUUUAUUAAAUUCCCAGUUGGAGGAGACGCCGUACGAGCGAAGGAGGCAUUCGGCAACAUUGCAGGAUUCCCUAACGUAGUAGGGUGCAUUGAUGGGACGUUCAUCCGGAUACAGCGGCCUACCACGAACGAGGGAGACUUCGUGAACCGGAAAGGUUACCAUUCCCUGAAUGUACAGAUGUGCUGUGAUGCAAAUUUCUGCAUCACAAGUUGCAACGCCAGCUGGCCGGGAUCGGUGCAUGACAGCCGUAUUUUCCGGACGUCAGCACUGUGCAGGCAAUUUGAAAAUGGACAGUACAAAGGUUUUUUGCUGGGGGACUCUGGCUACCCAUGUCGUUGGUUCCUCCUGACGCCUCUACUGAACCCCACCAACCGUGCAGAGGAACGCUACAAUGGGUCAUUGUGCAGGACAAGAGUGCUCAUUGAACAGACCUUUGGUGUCCUGAAACGGCGGUUUCAGUGCCUGCACAAUGAGCUCAGGGCGACCCCAAGACAGGCUGUGACCUAUGUUGUUGCAUGUGUUGUGUUGCAUAAUUUGGGUAUUGAAAGGGGGGAUAUUAUAAAUCAUGAUGAAAAUCUAAUGCCUCCAUCUUCAAAUGUGAAUAAUUAUGUGCCACCGGUUACAGGUCCAAAUGAUGGAGCUGAUGUGAGACGGCACAUUAUUCAAACAUUUUUUAGUCGAUAAGCAUAGGAACAUUUAUUCACUACAAUUUAAUCUAUCUGAAUUUGUGAUUUCAAAUGUAUAUUAUCUCAUUUAAUGAUUGUGUGAGUGGUAUUGCUCAGUAAGUCAGAUAUGUCAUGACAGACUUGAAUACAUAAUCAAUUUGGUCAUUCAAUGUUUUAUUCAGAUACAAGCAGUGCACAAAAUGGAACAAUAUUUAAUUUGUAUAGUCUGGCCAUGCCAACAGUGCAGAUUUAUUUGUUGUUUAACUCCUUACUCAGCAAUAUUCCAGCUAUAUGACGGAGGACUGUACAGUAAUUGUGUCUGGACCAGACAAUCCAGUGAUUGAUAUCAUGAGCAUCGAUCCACGCAAUUGGGAUCGAUGACAUGUAUCAACCAAGUCAGUGAGCCUGACCACCCGAUCCCGUUUGCCGCCUUUUACGGCAAGUAAAGUGGGAAAAUGUUAUAAUAUAAAGCACAUACUACGGUAGAAACUACCAUUUUUAGUCAACAAGUCCUUACAAUGAUAACAUAUAG